GCGAAAUUUGGCACUGCUAAAUAGUUUCUUAUUAGAAUCUGAUACAGCUUACGCUUCCGAGAUUUUCCAUUCCUGUAUUCAAAUAAUUUAUUUAUUAUUGACGAAGCUACCGUAAUAAUUAUAUAGUGAACGUAAUUGCACGUAAUUCGAAUGUUUCCAUUUACGUAAAACGUUAUCGUGUUUCGUUUGAAAUAUUUGCAUGUCGAGAUUAUCUCGUAAAACUCAGAAAAGUGUUAUUUGAAUGAUCAGUUAAAAGAUGCUGAUCAAAUAAUAUUUAAAGAGAAAAAUAAAUUAAUCGAGCUGACACAGCAAUUACUAAAUAAAUACUAUGGGGGCACUUUUGGAUACUCCAAAAACAGAUAAAUAUAAUGAACAUGGCUCUGGCAAUGGAUUACAUUAUGGUGUUGCCAGCAUGCAGGGUUGGAGAAUGGAAAUGGAAGAUGCUCAUAGAGCAAUAACUGGUUUAAAAGGUGGUCUCUCAGAUUGGAGUUAUUUUGCAGUAUUUGACGGUCAUGCUGGUGCAUUAGUAUCAGCUCAUAGUGCAGAGCACUUGUUAGAGUGUAUCAUGCAAACAGAAGAAUUUAAAGCAGAAAAUGUAACCAAAGGAAUUCAUUCUGGCUUUCUUCGACUUGACGAUGAAAUGAGAGAAUUACCAGAAAUGAGUUCUGGUACUGAAAAAUCUGGUUCUACAGCUGUUUGUGCAUUUAUAUCUCCCAGAAACAUAUACAUUGCCAAUUGUGGCGAUUCUAGAGCUGUACUUUGCCGAGCAGGAGAUCCAGUUUUUUCAACACGAGAUCACAAACCAGGUUUACCUGCUGAGAAAGAAAGAAUUCAAAAUGCUGGUGGUAGUGUAAUGAUUCAAAGAGUUAAUGGAGCUUUAGCUGUAUCUCGUGCAUUGGGAGAUUAUGAGUACAAAAAUUUGAAAGAUCGAGGGCCAUGUGAACAGUUAGUGUCUCCAGAACCAGAAAUAUUUGUUCGAGAUCGAGAUGAUGAACACGAUGAAUUUCUAGUUUUAGCAUGUGAUGGUAUUUGGGAUGUAAUGAACAACACAGAUCUGUGUAAUUUUAUACAUUCAAGGCUGCUGCUUACAGAUGAUCUAGAAGCAGUUACGAACCAGGUUAUAGACACCUGUCUAUAUAAGGGUAGCAGAGAUAAUAUGAGCAUAGUUUUGGUGACAUUUCCUGCUGCUCCAAAACCAAAUCCAGAAGCACAGAAAAAAGAAGCUGAGCUUGAAAUGGACAUUGAAAGGAGAAUCAAAGAAAUCGUUGCUGUACAAAAGGACAAAAAUGAAUUUGAUUUUUUGCAACUGUUACAACUUCUUGUGGACCAAGAAUUUCCUAAUCUUCCUCCUGGUGGUGGACUUUCCGCUAAGCAACCUUUUAUUGAACAAGUGUUUCGAGAAGUUUGUCCCAACCGAGCAGAUAGUAAUUCUCAAGCCAGUUAGUGUACUCAAUAUGUAUACAAUUUGAUACAUGUGAUAUACAAUAAACUGGUGAAUCAACAAGUCAUGAAAAUGAGAUACCAAGCAACAAGAAUUACUGAGGAGUGCUACAAGAAGAGAGACUGUGGGAUCGUAAUCGAAUGAUGCAGGCAUAUUUAAUUUCUGGUUAAAUAAUUUUGGGAGUUGCAUUGUAAUACUAAAUUCAGUUACAAAAUUUAUUGUACAAAGCAUUUUAAUUUUUAAGUAAAGAUAAAAAUCUGAUCAAGUUCUCUAUAGCAAUAUACUAUAGGUUUUUACUUUGAACAUAUAGUUAAUGUUGUAUAUUAUUAUCCUUCUCUACUCAAUAAAUAUUUAUCAAUUAUA